UACUUUUACGCCUUACGCUGUAGCGGUUGGCAGUAUUUCUGUCUGCAAAUAACAUUGAGAGAAUCAAAACAAUAUCUUGAGGUUAAAAUACGUGAAUUGUGGAAUUAUAUUUAACAGGAAAAUGAAGUGAAAUAAAAAAUUGUUAGCAAUGUGGAGAAAAGUUUUCAGUGCAAUAUUUAUAGUAUUUUACAUAAAUACUAGUUUAGGGCUGCGAUGUUUGUGUGGUGUGUCUGAGACCCCUAUUACGGAUCCUCUGGCUACUCCAACCGUAAUAAAGGAUUCAUGCGAGGAGCCUAGCCUUGAGGAGGGAGGGUGCCUGGAGCAUGGAGCCUGCUAUGGAGUCUGCUCUACGGAUGGUUACUGCUUCAAAUCUAUCUCAAGGAAGGAUAAUUUUAUACGGAGAACUUACAGAUGUUUGGAUCAGCAUAUGCUGACCCCCGAGCAUAGACCUCUCUACUGCUACGCCCGUGCAGAUAUAACUGACAGGUAUAGAGUAGGUUGCUGUAAAACCGGAGAACUCUGUAAUUCAAAUAUAUCUUUAGUCCUGGAUCCUUGGACUCCAGAAAGUCCAGAUAGAAGUACUCUUCUUCUCAUCCUGGCUAUUGCUGUUCCUAUCAUCACUCUUGCUCUCAUCAUCCUCAUCUCCAUACUCAUAUACAGACAGUGUCAUCCCAGGUUUGGUUAUCAGAUGGUGUCUAAACCAGUUCAAAACACUGUUGUGAUUGAUCUGAGUUCUAACCAGCAGUUGACCGGCAGCACGUGUGUAGAUGAAAGUGAGAGUAUAUUGAAGUGUAUGCUGGAGAGUACAUGCUCAGGGUCCGGAGCAGGGUUACCCAUCCUGGUUCAGAGGAGUAUUGCAAGACAGGUAUCCCUGUUGGAGUGUGUGGGUAAGGGUAGGUAUGGAGAGGUUUGGAAAGGAUACUGGAGAGGAGAAAGUGUGGCAGUAAAGAUAUUCUCAAGCCGAGAUGAGAAAUCAUGGUUUAGAGAAUCAGAGAUAUAUCAAACUGUUAUGCUAAGACACGAGAAUAUCCUGGGAUUUAUUGCGUCAGAUAACAAAGACGAGGGCGUAGUGACGCAGCUCUGGCUUGUAACAGACUACUAUGAGAACGGAUCACUCUUUGAUUAUCUCUCCAGAUGUUUGGUGAGUGCUCCACAGAUGAUAAAGAUGGCAAUGUCUAUUGCUACUGGAUUGUCCCAUCUUCACAUGGAUAUCAUUGGUACACAGGGAAAACCAGCCAUUGCACACAGAGAUCUAAAAUCAAGAAAUAUUCUUGUAAAACGAGAUCUUACAUGCGCCAUUGCGGACCUGGGACUCUGCGUCAAGCACAAUUCUAUAACUGAUGAAGUUGAUAUACCAAUCAAUAACAAGGUUGGAACUAAAAGAUAUAUGGCUCCUGAACUAUUGGAUGAAAGUAUUAAUGAGAAACAUUUUGAUGCUUGGAAACGUUUUAUUAUUUAUGACUCAGUAAAAAAUGAAUAA